AGUUAUCCGAUUAUUCUAAGCUCCUUUCUCCUCAUGUCGGGCUCGGUGAACACGCCACAGUCUCUUCCCUAGCGAAGUCGACAAAGUAUCGCGAGAACAGCCGUUCGUUCCCAUCCCGUCUCUUAGCGCCAGAGGGGGCCUUUAUUUUAGGUGUCUUCAUAAAAUGCCUGCUCGGGAUGGUUUUCUUUUCUCAAGAUGGCGUCGAUGAGGGAGAGCGACACCGGCCUGUGGCUUCACAAUAAGCUGGGCUCGGCGGACGAGCUCUGGUCGCCCCCCAGCAUCGCCUCGCUGCUCACGGCCACCGUCAUCGACAAUGUCCGCCUGUGUUUCCACAACCUGUCGUCCGCCGUCAAGCUGAAGCUGCUGCUGGGUAUGCUGCACCUCCCACGCCGCACCGUGGACGAGAUGAAGAUGGCAUUAACAGAAAUUAUUCAGCUGGCCACCGUGGACUCAGACCCUUGGAUUUUAAUGGUGGCGGACAUCUUAAAAUCUUUUCCAGACACCGGCUCAUUAAACCUCGACCUGGAGGAACAGAACCCGAAUGUGCAGGAUAUAUUAGGAGAGCUCCGGGAAAAAGUGAGCGAAUGCGAGGCCUCCGCCAUGCUGCCUCUGGAAUGCCAGUAUCUAAACAAGAGCGCCCUCACCAUGCUGGCAGGACCGCUGACUCCUCCCGUCAAACAUUUCCAGUUGAAACGAAAACCAAAAAGUGCCACAUUGAGGGCAGAGCUCUUACAGAAGUCCACAGAAACCGCCCAGCAGCUUAAGAAGAUGGCCGGUGUGCCAUUCCAUGCCAAGGGGAGGGGCCUGGUUAAAAAACUGGAUACCACAACACCUCUGAAAGGUAUACCAAAGCAGGCGCCAUUCAGAAGCCCUACAACUCCAACAGUGUUCAGUCCAGCUCCCAACAGGACACCUAUUGCACCCUCCAGGAUACCCCUCUGUAGAGAGAGGGGGGUGAAGUUUUUGUCUAUCAAAGAGUUGGACACGGUGGGAGUAGGAAGGGAAGCUAAGAGAAGAAGAAAGACUGUUGAAACUGACGUAGCGGAGAAGCCACCAAAAGAAGAAACCGUUGUGGAGAGUGCGACCCCCGAUUAUGCUGCUGGUCUUGGCUCUACACAGAAACUCAGUACCCUUAACAACGAGAGUGCCCUUCCAUCUACAAGCUACUUGCCAGCAACCCCCAGUGUGGUGCCAUCCUCCUCAUACAUCCCCGCGUCUGAGGCUCAGCAAGCUGGUUCAGUCCGAGAAGCAUUGCAGACAGAGGAACCCACAACUCCCAAUAAUGCCCUUCCUACCCAGUUUAAGCAGCGGACACCAAUGUAUCAUAGCAAUCCCAAUGCCCCUGCUACCACCCCCACUCCUGCGACCACUCCUACCUCUCCGCUGACACCUACUACACCUCAAGUGGCUGCUCCUGCAGCUCAGGCUCCUCAGAUUACUACUCAAACAGAACCUGAGCCCAAGAAGAGCCUGUCGCUUACAAGGGAGCAGAUGUAUGCUGCACAAGAAAUGUUCAAGACUGCGAACAAGGUCACAAGACCAGAGAAGGCUCUAAUCCUAGGCUUUAUGGCAGGUUCCAGAGAAAACCCUUGCCCAGAACAGGGCGAUGUUAUCCAGAUAAAACUCAGCGAGUACACAGAGGUUAUACAAAAAGGAGACGGCACAGGCAGCACCACAAUGAUUGUCGACACGGUUUUUGAAAUGAACUAUUCCACCGGCAUGUGGACCAAGCUAAAAAAAUAUAAGCCCCUGACCAAUGUCUCGUAGGGGGGCGGAUUCCAGGCAAGAAACCAUGGACCAAAAAUAAGACUUGUAAAUCGGGUUCUUGAUCUAACAAUCAAGCCGAGGGGGCCCUGUAUGAUCGCUCAGAGAGAAGUCGUACCCGAUGUCAAUGGUUACUUCCUCACCAAAAGACGAUUGACCCGUUCCAAGAAUGAGCAAAGAAUGGCCAGUUUUGUAGAAUUAAAACCUAUUUUAAAAUGUCUCCUACAAUCACAAUGCAGAUCUUCUGGUUGAAACUUUUUUUUUUUUUUAAAUACAGUAUCCUGUACAUCCUGUGGAUCACCAUGAUUUUCUAUGCGGAGUGGGGGGAUGGGGGGGGGGUGGCCUUUCCUCAUUUUUAUCUGCAGUAUUUCAAAAGGUAAAAUGCAAGUAUUUGGACAAAAGGUCUCGGGUCAAACUUACUGUAAUUGCCUGUAACCUCUCUCCUUCAGAUUUUAUUUUUUAAAUCUUCUAGCGCGUCAGCAUCUCAAUGCUGGCCAUUGGGUGUUGACACAACUGCUGUUUGCUUUCUGCUUUGCAAGAUUUUGUUUCCCUAGUUUAGUACAAUCAUGCGGGAUAAGGACGGGGUGUAGUACUGUCGGGGUGUCUGGUAUAAUAGAUGUGGAGUCCAAGAUGCUUAAAUAAAAUGGAGGCAUGA